CUCCCGCCCGGUACAGAUCCUGUUCAGUGCUCUGUCUGUCGGCCACUAUCAGCUCACUGCAGUGUGGACACUCAGGAACUGCACUCUGAAGGAAAGGACUCUCAAAAUGAACUCCGAGCCUGUUGUUAUCGUCUCUGCUGCUCGGACGCCAAUUGGGUCCUUGAACGGUUCCCUGUCCACGGUGCCUCUGCGUGACCUGUGUUCAGUGGUGAUCAAGGACGUCCUGAAGCGGGCUGCGGUGAAGCCAGAGGAGGUCUCUGAGGUUAUCAUGGGACAUGUCCUAACAGCAGGUCAUGGGCAGAACCCAGCACGUCAGGCCAGUGUUGGGGCAGGGAUCCCCUACCCUGUCCCGGCCUGGAGCUGCCAGAUGGUGUGUGGCUCUGGGCUGAAGGCUGUGUGUCUGGGAGCUCAGUCCAUCUUGUCCGGAGAGUCCACAGUGGUGGUGGCAGGGGGCAUGGAGAGUAUGAGCAAGGCUCCUCACACACUGCACAUGAGAGCAGGUGUGAAGAUGGGCGAUGCCUCCCUACAAGACUCCAUGGUGGCCGACGGCCUGACAGACGCCUUCCAUGGCUACCACAUGGGCAUCACAGCUGAGAAUGUGGCGAAGCAGUGGGUCGUCAGUCGAGAGGAGCAGGACCAGUUUGCCGUUCAGUCCCAGAACAAAACGGAGGCUGCGCAGAAAGCGGGACAUUUUGAUCAAGAGAUUGUCCCGGUCAUGGUGCCAUCCAGACAAGGUCCAGUGGAGGUGAAGGUGGAUGAGUUUCCUCGCCCCGGCAGCAACAUGAGCAGCAUGUCCAAACUCAGACCCUGCUUCAUUAAGGACAGCAGUGGCACCGUCACAGCUGGAAACGCCUCAGGUAUUAAUGAUGGAGCAGCAGCAACUGUCUUAAUGAGCCAAUCAGAGGCUGCGAAGCGUGGCAUAAAACCCAUGGCCAGAAUCGUAUCGUGGGCUCAAGCUGGCCUUGACCCAUCUGUGAUGGGAACGGGACCAAUACCAGCCAUCAGGAAAGCGGUUGAGAAAGCAGGCUGGCAGCUGGACCACGUCGACUUAUUUGAGAUCAAUGAAGCGUUUGCUGCCCAGUCUAUUGCUGUGGUGAAAGAACUUGGUCUGAAUGUAGACAAGGUGAAUGUGAGUGGUGGUGCCAUUUCUUUGGGUCAUCCCAUUGGUAUGUCCGGCUGCAGAGUUCUGGUGACCUUGUUGCACGCGCUUCAGAGGACUGGAGGCCGUAAGGGUGUGGCAUCUCUCUGCAUUGGAGGAGGGAUGGGCAUCGCGAUGUGCGUGGAGAGGGUUUGAGACGAAAAUGUAACGCUGCUUCACAGAUUGCACUUGAUCUCGUCUUUUUAAUGGAUAAGGGAUACUGAAACUCAGUGUUUACAUUGCAGAACACGCUAUAAAAUUGUUUACCUGGGUUCUUCCAAAUCACUGUACUUGAGGGAAAAGUGACGAGUAUGUUUUGUGGUUGUUGGGUCUUCAACAAUAUCCUGCCAUUCUUACUGUGAACUUUACUUAAAUUCACCCUUCCUCAGGUUCUAACUGUGUAGCAUGUGACUUAAUGUUAGAGGAUUUCAGAUGUCUAAAUGAUGUUAAUCUAGUGUAUGCUAAAAGCUUAAAUACACACCAGCAGUAACUAAAACUGUUGGUACAACCCGGUAGUGUGCUAAAUAGGUACUCUACUGUAGUUGUGGUUGUUGGUUGGUUCUUUAAAAUGACCUGCACGACUGAAAAAGUGAAACACUAAAACUGCAAAGGCAGGGCUUUAUUAGUGUCCAGUAUGGGCAGGCUUUGGGAGACCUUCUCUUUAGAGCAUCAUUUUUAAACUUGUGGUGUAAUUGAUUUGACAAAUGCUUCAAGCGGUCUACGUUGCUCUAAAAAUGGAUACUGAUCAACAUUCCACUUUCUCUAAUCAAUUGUGCAGACAGCAGCCUUGAAACACAGCUAAGUGCCAUAAGGUUUUAGUAUGCUAGGCUUCUCUAACCUCGUGCUUCCUGUACAUACAAAGAUGUUUCCUGUAAUCUAGCUGUUAUACAUAUCAAUAAAGAAUUAUAAGCCA